UGAUAUUUUGGGUUGGCUGGACCAGCUGGUGUGUGUGAAUGGGCCCCAAUGGGUCCAUUUGAGCCCACUGUGGCCCGUUCACACUGUUUCCUUUUCGACCUCUCUUUCUCUUUCUCUCUCAAUCUAUUGGGUUCACUCCUCGUCCUCAUAAAACCCUCAACGCCCCCAACUCCCUAAACCUCUCUCUUCCUUUCUUCUCUCUUGUGCUCGUCUCCAAUGGAAACAACAAACUAGAGAGAAGCGUCUCUCUCGAGCGUAGCUAGAGCCUUGCGGGGUCUCCUCUAUCGCUUCAGCAAUGGCGUACAUGUGUGCGGAUAGCGGCAACCUGAUGGCGAUUGCCCAGCAAGUCAUUCAGCAGAAGCAGCAACAACAGCAGCAGCAGCAGCAGCAGCAACAGCAACAACAGCAUCUCCAGCUUCAGCCUCCACCGCCAACAAUCUCCGCCAUCAACCCUUUCUCCUCUCCAUGGCCUGGUCACCCUCCCAACCCUUCCCAUCUCCAUGAUUUCCAUCCCUUUGCUCUCACUGAUCCCCCUUUCUCUGAUCCUUUCUCUUCCGACUUCCCACCUCCCGCUCCGUUCCGCCUUUCCACUGCCCCGGAGUUUGACUCUGAUGAGUGGAUGGAGAGUCUUAUCGGUGAGUCUCCUACUGAAAGCUCCGAUCUUAUCAGCGAUGCCUGGCAUGGUCCUCCGGCUACAAACGAGCUUCCUUCUCUCUUCUCUGCUGAUCCUUUUGCUUCCUCUCCUGCUUCCACUUCCGAUCUCAACCGGGUCGUCUUCUCCGACACUCAGAAGCUCGCACCGUCGCUAUCUGGCCACCAUCAGCUGUCAUCUCUUCAAACCGUGAACCCUACACCGCCAUCGUUCCAGAUCCACUCAUUCGACCCGCCGCCACCGCAACCGCAGCAUCCGAAGAAGGACGGCAAGCGUUCUCCGGCUUCGUCCGAUCCCAAAACCCUUUCCUCGCCUCUUCUUCGAUCCCUUCUUGACUGUGCUCGGCUUGCGGAUUCCGACCCGGACCUCGCCGCCAAAUCCCUCAUCCGGAUCCGGCAGUCGGCGUCGGACCACGGAGACCCGACUGAGCGCGUUGCGUUCUAUUUUGCCGAAGCCCUCUAUCGCCGGCUCUCGCGCGCCUCCUCCCCCUCCACCAUCUUCGACUCUUCGCCGGAGGACGUCACCCUCUGCUACAAAACCCUCAACGAUGCCUGCCCCUACUCCAAGUUCGCCCACCUUACCGCCAACCAAGCCAUCCUCGAAGCCACCGAGUCUUCAACUCGAAUUCACAUCGUCGAUUUAGGCGUCGUUCAAGGAAUCCAGUGGGCGGCGCUGCUCCAAGCCCUCGCCACUCGAUCCGCCGGGAAGCCCUCGCGCGUCCGGAUCUCCGGAAUCCCAGCACCAUCCCUGGGGCCAAACCCCGCCGCCUCGCUCGCCGCGACCGGCGCUCGUCUCCGCGACUUCGCCGCCCUUCUCGACCUCGAGUUCGAAUUCGAGCCGGUUCUAACCCCAGUGAACGAGUUAACCGAGUUAUCAUUCCACGUCGACCCGGACGAGUCCGUGGCCGUUAACUUCAUGCUCCAACUCUACAACUGGCUCGGCGAGUCAACCGAGUCAGUAGAACGAAUUCUCCGAACCGCCAAGUCACUCAAUCCAACCGUAGUCACACUCGGCGAGUACGAAGCGAGUCUCAACGGAGUCGGAUUCGUGGACCGGUUCAGCAACGCGUUAUCCUUCUACUCAGCCUUUUUCAACUCGUUAGAGCCCGCACUGAACCGCGACUCACCGGACCGAGUCCUAGUGGAGCGUGUCCUACUCGGCCAUCGGAUACUCCGGGUGGUGGGCCCAGAGGAUGGUCCCAGAUCAACGGGUUCGAUGGAAGAGAAGGAGAAAUGGACGGCUUUGAUGGAACGAUGCGGGUUCGAAUCCGUGCCACUGAGUCAUUACGCCGAAAGCCAAGCGAAACUUCUGUUAUGGAACUACAACUACAGCGCUAAGUACUCGUUAUUGGAUUCCCGUCCAGGGUUUCUAUCUCUAGCCUUUGAGGACCACUCUCUUCUCAGUGUGUCCUCAUGGCGUUAGAGAAAGGAAAAAAGAAGAUGGCCUCUGCAGUGGUGGUGGUUGGUGGGUGCUUUUGUUUUGAUGGUCAAUAUAUAUUCUAGUGACUGUUUUUAAGUGUAAAAAUUUUUCAUUUUUAAGUUAUAUCUAUAUAUAUAUAUAUAUAUAUAAAGUUUACUACUUGCUUUUUUUAAAUUUGAAUGGAGGGACAGAACAAGGAGUGGUUGCAGUU